CACCGAGCCCAGAGCUGCUCAGCCUUUGGAUUCCACCCCGCAUCCGGAUCUUCUUCAGGCAAGGAUUGCGUGGGGUACGUGCGCGAGAGCGGGCCGGGUUAACGUCUGCCCCCCGCGCCGCGGUCCCACGGGCAUCCACUGUGCGCCCAGUUGUGCCUUUAGGUCUCAGGCUCCCAGAUGCUAGGGUAACAGUUUUUCCUGCCCGCCGCCCCCCACACUCCCCAGUCUCCCUCGAGCUCGGUCACAGGCUACCCCCUCCCCCAGCAACGCGACCCUAUAAUAAACAAGUCUUUCCUUGAUCCUCCCCUGCCGCGAGCGCCCUCAGGGACCUUGGCAGCUGCAGCCGCCGCGGAUCCCUUCCAGAAAGGGGGCGUGGCCACGGCUCGGUGUUCUGCCGGGAGUGUUCCGGGGCUCAAGAGGGGCGGGGCCAAGCCGCUGUCACCGGGCAGGAGAGAACGUUGCGAACGUGCGCCCGGAGCCCAUUGGCCGAGGUGGGCCACACUCCCGGGUCUGGAUUGGGCCGCGGCGAGGAGGAGGCGUGGCCUGUCCGCUCUAGACCUUAUAGGCUGCUCUGCGCUGGUGCUAGGGAUCUCAGCAGGCCAAGGGGGAGGUGCGAGUGGGUUGAAGGGACAGGUCUGGGCAGCGCUCGGUGGUUGGCACCAGUUCUCGCAACCCAUUCAAGCGGCAGGACGCACUUGUCCCAGCAGUUCUCGCUGACCGCACUAGCUGCGGCUUCUCAGCUCCGGUACCCUGUGCUCAUCGGCAAACGUCCUGGCGUCCGACCUCACCAUGCCUAGUCUUUGGGACCGCUUCUCGUCCUCCUCCUCCUCUUCAUCCUCCUCCCGAACUCCCACCCCAGAUCGGCCGCCGCGCUCAGCCUGGGGGUCGGCGGCCCGAGAGGAGGGGCUAGACCGCUGCGCGAGCCUGGAGAGCUCGGACUGCGAGUCCCUGGACAGCAGUAACAGUGGCUUCGGGCCGGAGGAAGAUUCGGCAUACCUGGAUGGCGUGUCCCUCCCCGACUUCGAGCUGCUCAGCGACCCGGAGGAUGAGCACCUGUGUGCCAACCUGAUGCAGCUGCUGCAGGAGAGCCUGUCCCAGGCGCGACUGGGCUCGCGGCGCCCUGCUCGCCUGCUGAUGCCCGGCCAGCUGGUGAGCCAGGUGGGCAAAGAACUACUGCGCCUGGCUUACAGCGAGCCUUGCGGCCUGCGGGGGGCACUGCUGGACGUCUGCGUGGAGCAAGGCAAGAGCUGCCACAGUGUGGGCCAGCUGGCCCUCGACCCCAGUCUGGUGCCCACCUUCCAGCUGACCCUCGUGCUGCGCCUGGACUCUCGCCUCUGGCCCAAGAUCCAGGGGCUCUUUAGCUCCGCCAACUCUCCCUUCGUCCCUGGCUUCAGCCAGUCCCUAACGCUGAGCACAGGCUUCAGAGUCAUCAAGAAGAAGCUGUACAGCUCAGAGCAGCUGCUUAUUGAGGAGUGUUGAACUUCGGCCUGGGUGGGGGGCACAGUGCCCUCCACAGCAGAGACAAUGGACCUUUUGGGGUAGAGACCAGCAGGCAGGGGCUGAGGGACUGAUGCCUGUGUUAGAAAACUGACAACAGCCACCUGAGGGAAAGAGAUGGAGGUGGGGGACUGUAGUGUUUCUUGGGAAGCUCAUUGGGUCUUGCACAGGUGGCUCCCCAGUGGGGCAAAUGCCCCUCAGUACUGUAGCAUGAAACAAAGGCUUCGGGCCAACCAGGCUUCUGGCUGGAUGUGUAUGUAGCAUGUACCUUAUUAUUUUUAUUAUUACUGACAGUUAGAACAACAGUGGUGUGACAGGCAGGAGGGCAGCUGGGCUGCUCUGGCCUCUGAGGGUUGUGUGUUCAUGGUAGUGACCAGGAGGGAGGGGGGAGGUCAUGGAGGCAGUUUGUAUCAUGGUCUGAAGGGACCAAGUGUGUUUGUUUUUUUGUAUCUUUUGUUUGGGGAUUGGAGCUUCACUACUGACCUGUUCUAGGCAGCUAUCUUACAGACGCAUGAAUGUAAGAGAAGGAAGGGCAGGUGUUGGGAUCACUUGAGAUCUUUGACACUUGAAGAAAAAAUACACCUGGGAGCUGCGUCCACCCCAUCCCCACCCCAUUUCUGGAGAGUUGAACUGUGAGGGGAUGGGGCUGAGUGGGGCUGGGGGCUGGAACCCCUUCCCCAGAGGAGUGCCAUCUGGGUCUUCCAUCUAGAACUGUUUACAUGAAGAUACUCACUGUUCAUGAAUACACUUGAUGUUCAAGUAUUAAGACCUAUGCAAUAUUUUUUACUUUUCUAAUAAACAUGUUUGUUAAAACA